CAGUGUGCGCAUGCGCAGUGUCCGCUUGUUCCGUGGUGGAUGACGAGUCCAGGGCGAAGCUGGUUUUGAUGUUAAAGGAGUUUAUUUCGCUGUUUUUUUUCGCAGAGCCGCUCUGAGUCUGUUUUUGUUGUGUUUGAGGAUUUCGCUGCUGUCCUCGUUAUACAGGCGGGUUUAUUAAGCCGGGCUGUCCUCGCUGUUUCUCCUGUUUUUUCGAUAAGUGGCCCCGCUGAGGCUAACGGCUAAAGCGGGCUAGCGCGCUAGUUAGCUAACAAACUUUGACAGCAGUGAAAUCGAGCUGGCCGUUAUUAUCGCGCUCGGCUAGUAUGAGAAACGGUCGAUAGCUUCUCUUAACUGAAGCUCUGAAGACUCUCCCUCCGCCCGGACUCGGUAACUGAAGCGGUGUCCGCUCUGACUCUUCAUGCCCAAUGGCUAAGAAGACAUACGAUCUGUUGUUCAAGCUGCUGCUGAUUGGAGACUCGGGAGUUGGGAAAACCUGUGUCCUGUUCCGCUUUUCUGACGACGCCUUUAAUACGACGUUUAUCUCAACUAUCGGAAUAGACUUCAAAAUCAAGACAGUUGAGCUGCAAGGCAAGAGGAUUAAACUUCAAAUAUGGGACACUGCUGGACAGGAGCGAUUUCACACCAUCACCACUUCCUACUACAGGGGGGCCAUGGGAAUCAUGUUGGUGUAUGAUAUCACCAACGCCAAAAGCUUUGAGAACAUCACCAAAUGGCUGAGAAAUAUUGAGGAGCAUGCGAAUGAGGAUGUGGAGAGAAUGUUGCUUGGUAACAAGUGUGAUAUGGAGGACAUGCGUGUCGUACCCAAAGCAAAGGGAGAACAGAUUGCUAGUGAACAUAACAUUCGGUUCUUUGAAACGAGUGCGAAAGCAAACAUUAACAUUGAAAAGGCGUUCCUUAUGCUUGCUGAGGACAUACUGCGAAAGACACCUGGAAAAGAGACCACCAAUGAAAAUGUUGACGUGAACAGCAAAAGUGGCUCUGCAGGCGGUGUCAGGUGUUGCAGUUGAACAGCGUUUUUUGCCUAUCUUCCAAAUCCUUUCCCAUGAUUUACACCACAUCUGAUUUGUCUCCUACAACAAAUAUGUUAAAAAAAAAUGGUUCAGAGACAAGUCAGAUUUACAAACUGUUCUGUUUUCUCUACAUGUAGUUGGUCAGCCAAAACAUGUUUGGUGUAUGACGUUUGCUGGUGUAGUUUUUCCAGUUUUGCUUUAGGCACAGGACAUACUUUGGCUGAUUGGCUACAUUUCAAGUAAACAGGAACCUUUUGUAAUUUUGUCAAUUCGAUUUUCUCCGAACCAUUUUUUUGACAGAAUGCCCAUUAUGCUGGACAAGACUUUUACCUCUCACUGUACUUGACAAACUGUUCUACACACAUAAGAAAGAGUAUAACCCUAUUUGCUGUUAUUUAACUGAACAAAUAUGGGCGAUUGGUACAUUUAGUGUUAAUCUGACAACAGUAAUGCAUAAGAGAGAAAGUCAAAUAAUCACAGUAAUAAAAAAAAAAGUGAAACUAGUCGAAAGGGACACGUAACACUUAGUAUUUGUUAUGGUAAGCGCUAACCGUGCCUUAAAUGCCACUUGGAGAUUGGGGAGCUUAGGUCACAGUACGGUUCUUGGAUAGCAUUUUAACUGUUGAGUGAUUUUUAUAUGACGACAAAAAACCUUAUCGAUUUCAGAAACGAUUCCACAAAACGGUGCCUUACCAUCUGCAGCAAAGUUCUCUUUCGAUCCAUGGUAGAGCAUUUUCACACAAAGCCUCUGUUUACACCUGGCCGCUUCAUGCAUCUUCAGUAUCAGUAUUACCUGUAUGUUUGGAUUAGACUAAGCCACAUCAAUAUUCAAGCAUAAAGGUACCCGAGAUGCAUUUAAAACGAAUACCAAUCUAUUCACACAGAUCACUGCAUUUAAGUUAAACUCGGAAUUCCAGAGUUCUAAGUAGGAAAAUCCACUGUGAAACCUCUACAAGUUGGAUUUCUCUACCCAAAGUUUAGAAGCAAAGAUUAUGCUUCAGCAACACACUACACUAUAAACAGAUUUGUUGCUCCAACAAGUAUUCGACAUCCAAAACUCCUCGCCGUACAAUCACAACACCAGUAAUAAUCGCUGCGCAAUAAGUAAAUAUCCAUGUUCUGUUCCACACAGCAAUUAAUGACAUAAAGCAACCAAGUGUAAACAGGGUCAAAGAGGGAUAAUGAGCGCACAUACACUAUACAUUUAUGGGGCACCGACUGACCUUUAUUGUUUUGGUCUCAUUUAUCAUGUUUUAAUUCAGUUAGCAUUAUUCACACACACACACACAGCUGAUGUAAACUGUGACAUUCACAGAAAUACUUGUAAGAUUUCAUAUUUUGGUUUACGUCUGAAAAUAAUAACCAAACUAUUCCCUCUCUGGGAAUAUUAUUAUAAAAGUGAUUAUAUGCACUUUGAAUUCCCCUCAUGCGGAUAACCCCGGUUAUGAAUGUUAAGUGAACAAAUGCUGCUCUAGCCCACUGACUGUGUAUUAUUAUGGUAUCUGUCUGAGACCAUGCACUUUUUUAGGGACUUGUCUGAAGUCCUAGAUGCAAAGGUCUUCUAAAAGGCCCAAUAAAAGGAACAGCAAAGCAAACCAUGCCAGGCUACAAACACAUGCAGUUUAAUAGCUGCUCCACAUUGUAUUCACUAUUAUCUUCUUUAAAGGUGUUUGUUUCAGCUUUCGUCUUUCCAUGUUUGUUGUUCCCUAUCAGCACUUUUUUUCUCCAUCGUUGGUAACUACAUUUUUUGCAGUUCUGUGGGUGAUGGUAAGGAUAGGCUAAGGAUAAAUCGAUAUUUCACAAAGCCGCAUUUAAUACUAACCAUUGAGGUAUUUCAGCAUGGGAAACUGUUUGGUUAUAAGUGAUUACUUUUUUUUGUGACCUUUACUGGUUUGGGUGCAUUUUCUACAAUUUCUCUUUAAUACUAUCUUAAACGGAACUUAUACUAGUAUAUCUGAAGUGUUGAGUGGAUUAAUUGAGCCACAUUGUUUAUGAUGGCUUUCAAUUUGAAUCUUAAAUAACAGCUUUAUUGUGUAACUUCUUACUGAUGCAUUUUGCACAUUUAUUAUUUUUUAUUUUACUGAUUAAUUAUCCUGGUUCUUGUCAGGAUCAGUUCCAGGCUUAUUUGCAGAAGUGGACGCUGACCAUCCGCAAUCAACCACUUGAGUAUGAACACUUGACUCGUUAGGUAGAAUAUAUGUUUUUUUUUUUCUGUUUAAAGGGAUAAAUCCUGGAUGGUCUGUGUCCACCUUAGCUCAGCUUAAGAACUGACCCUGGUUUACAUUUUAGUAACUAAAAACCUGAAGAAAAAAAAAACUCAUGAAUAGGAUGUUUCUUGAUGAACUAGCCUGGUGGUGAUGUAUUAGCAUAAUAAGUAAUGAAAUUCUGCCUUUGGAAUCUGUAUAAUUACAAAUUAAAAAGAGGGAUGGGUUUUUUGAUGUUAGUUUUGUAGUGCAAUAAAACUCACUUUUCACAAACA